AUGUCUGUUGAUGGAAACGGCGAGAGCGAGGUUAUAGCAUUCUGGAUAGUUUCUGACGAAUCUCGAGAAACUAUAAAAGAAAUAACGCAACUCUUCAAAAAGUACAAAGAAAACUGGUCCAAAAUACGAUGUGUAAUGAGUGACAAAGACAUGAUCGAGAGAGACGUCAUUAGGGAAGAAAUACCAAAUGUACCCUUACUAAUAUGUCUUUUCCAUGUACUAAGAACUUUCAAGAGAGAAGUGACUACUGAGAAGCUUGGAAUUUCAAAAGACGAACGUAUUUUGGCUCUUGAAUUGCUUCAAAAGAUGGCAUAUGCUAGGACCGAAGACAGCUACUCAGAAUUUUAUCGUGAACUUAAAGACACUAAUCUUGAGUCAGUUAUUAGGUACUUUGACAAGAAGUUUGUAUAG